AUGGUGGCUCCGGCCUCAACGGGAGGGAUCUCGACAGGCAUACAGCCUUCGGCGAGCCGUCAACCCAUCCGAUCGUCCAGCACUCAUCCAUCGCAUUCUCACAAUGUGCCCUUGAGCGCUCGACGCUCCGAACCUCUCAACCUGUCGACAGUGGAGCGACGAGGACAGCCCAAUGCCCCUCGAGAACCGUCCAAAAGGGUCCGUCCACAUGGCUUACAAGAGGCCCCUACGUUUCGUCCAACGAAGGAGGAGUUCGAGGAUCCUGAGGCAUACAUUCGGAAGAUAGCACCCGAAGGCAAGAAAUAUGGGAUUUGCAGGAUUAUUCCACCUGAAGGCUGGGAACCUCCAUUUGCGAUCGACACUGAGCGCUUCCACUUCAAAACCCGUCGACAGGAGCUUAACUCGGUUGAAGGAGGUAUGCCCCCGCGUUCAGCCACGUUUGCUGCCGGUGGAGCUCCGCAGCCCAGUUCUGACCCGAACCCAGGAACCCGUGCCAACUUGAACUACCUCGACCAGUUAGCCAAAUAUCACAAACAACAUGGUACCAACCUCAACCGAUUUCCCAGUGUCGAUAAGCGGCCUCUGGAUCUAUACAAACUCAAAAAGGCCGUAGAAGUUCGGGGUGGGUUCGACCAAGUUUGCAAGAUGAAAAAAUGGGCGGAAAUUGGUCGUGACCUUGGUUAUAGUGGAAAGAUCAUGUCCUCCCUUUCCACCUCACUUAAAAACUCGUAUCAGAGGUGGCUUCAGCCGUACGAGGAAUAUCUACGGUUGGCGAAGCCUGGCGUGCAACAACAGCUGGAGUUGGAGCACGGUGGUCCCUACACACCAUCCCCCAAUCAUUCGCCUAUGGCCAAAAAGCCUAUCCCUCCGGAAAACCACACCCCUUCGGCAACGCCACUGACCACUCCCGCCGUUGCCCCCGCGGCUCCUCAAAGCGCUCCGAGGGAGCUCGAGGCAACUCCGGAUAAGCCGACGCCUCCGGUCGAGCCGACACCGCCUCGACCGGUGGCCUCCGGAUUCACGCCCGUCAAUGCAGGCUCUGGCUUCACUGCCGUGAAUCAAUCCCCGUCCUUUGUGGCGGUGAAUAGCGGUCCUACUGUAAAACGAGAAGCAGAAAACGGCUCUCUUACUCCUAAGAGUGUUGCCGAGCAUCCUCCCACGUCAACUCCUGUUUCUAAUGGCCAUGGCCAUCCAAUGAAGAGGGCAAUCAGCCAUGAAAGUGGUUCUCAAACUGACAACUGUGAUGAUCCAAAUGGUCGACGAAGUAAACGACUCCGAAAGGAUGCACCUCUGCCAACUGUUGCUGGGUCACAUAUGAGUCUUCUUCGCCCCACUCCACCACGAGCGCGCAAGAGUGAUAGUCGAAAGACCGGUGAUAAGUGCGAAAACUGUGGAAAGUUGGAAGACCGUCCUGCCAUUCUCGUGUGUGAUAGCUGUGAGCACGGCUAUCAUAAAUACUGUCUCGACCCUCCUUUGACUACUAUUCCCGAGUAUGAUUGGCAUUGUCCUAAGUGCCUCGUAGGCACGGGCGAGUUUGGGUUCGAAGAAGGAGGAGUUUACUCGCUCAAGCAAUUCCAAGAGAAGGCAAAUAAUUUCAGGAAGAAUUAUUUCGCAUCCAAAAUGCCUUUUGACCCGGUUCUUAACACUCAUCGGCGGGAAUCCGAAGAUGACGUGGAGCGCGAGUUCUGGAGGUUAGUUGAAAGCUUGACGGAAACCGUCGAGGUGGAGUAUGGCGCCGACAUUCACUCGACUACUCAUGGUAGUGGAUUUCCUACCCAAGAAAGGAGACCGGUCGACCCAUAUUCACACGACCCCUGGAACUUGAACAUUCUUCCAUUCUACGGUGAUUCGUUGUUCCGUCAUAUCAAGUCUGAUAUUUCCGGCAUGACGGUCCCCUGGGUUUACGUCGGCAUGUGUUUCUCAACGUUCUGCUGGCACAACGAAGACCAUUAUGCCUACUCGGCCAACUACCAACACUUUGGCGCCACCAAGACAUGGUAUGGGAUCCCUGGGGCGGACGCGGAGGCCUUCGAGGAGGCGAUGCGCCAAGCAGUCCCCGAGCUAUUCGAGGGCCAGCCUGACCUCCUCUUUCAGCUUGUCACGUUGAUGCCGCCAGACCAGCUCCGGAAGGCUGGUGUCAAUGUUUAUGCACUUGACCAACGUGCUGGACAGUUUGUCAUCACUUUCCCUCAGGCGUAUCAUGCGGGGUUCAACCACGGUUUCAAUUUCAAUGAAGCUGUGAAUUUUGCGCCCGCCGACUGGGAACCCUGCGGAGCAAUGGGUGUCGAGCGUCUACAAGCUUUCCGACGCCACCCGUGUUUCUCACACGAUGAACUGCUGCUCACAGCAGCGGCUCACGACACAUCCAUUAAAACCGCCAAAUGGCUAGCCCCUGCUCUCCAGCGGACCUGCGCACGGGAGCUGGCCGAACGCGCUUCGCUAGCAGCCCGACACCGAGAAGUAGCUCCUCAUAAUUGCUCCUUCGGAAACCAAGAUCCCGCGGCGACCGGCGAUUGCCGGCUCAAAUUCGCGGUGGAAGAGGAAGACCUUCCCGAGGAUGACUACCAGUGCCACUUCUGCAAGGCCUUUACCUAUCUGACGCAAUUCCGCUGCCAUAAGACCGGGAAGACCGUUUGCCUGACCCAUGUGGAUACGUAUGAUUGCUGUGGAGAACCGCUAACCCAAAGACUACUUGGUCCCGACCACACAUUGCGUUAUCGGUUUAGCGAUGAUGGAUUGAAAGCAUUGGUGCAAAAGGUUCAAGAGCGUGCCAGAAUCCCUGAAGCUUGGGCCGAGAAACGUGACAAGACUUUGGAAGAAGAUCCUAGGCCGCAGUUGAAGGUCCUUCAUAGUCUACUCAAUGAAGGUGAGAAAAUCCCAUACCACUUGCCUGGUCUCCAAGAUCUUGCGGCCUUCGUUCAACGCUGCGAUAAAUGGGUUGAAGAAGCAACCAAUUAUAUCACCCGGAAGCAGCAGAACCGGAGGAAGAACGAGAAGGCCUGGCGCAAAAGUACCUCGAAGGCCGCGCAGGCGGAAGAACGUGAUCGUGAAGUCCGCAGAGUAGAGAACAUCUACGCCCUUCUUGCAGAGGCUGAUAAACUGUCGUUCAACUGUCCACAGAUGGCGGCUCUGGAAGAGAAGACCCGCGAGAUCGAGAAAUUCCGCCAGGACGUUAACGUUGCCCUCUUGAAUCCCCAUAUUCGAUCGGUCCAGGAAGUGGAAGAGUUGGUAGAGUCCUCGCACAAUUUCAACGUCACCAUCCCCGAGGUAGAAGGACUGGAACACAUUCUCCGGCAAAUGAAGUGGAAUGACGAAGCACGCCGCAAGCGUGAACAGUAUUUGACCCUCAAGGAAUGCAAGGAGCUCAUUCUGGCCGGUGAGCAACUGGGAUUAUCGGAAACCAAUGACCAUCUACUCUAUUUCAAGGAUCUUUGUCGGCACGGUGAGGCCUGGGAAGCUAAAGCCAAAGAAUUGAUGUCUGUAGAAGCUGUUCAUUAUCAGCAACUUGAAGCCUUGUCGGCGCAGGCGUCCCGCUUCCCUGUCUCGCCCGAUACGCUCGCGGCAGUCGAUGCCAUAUUAACCAAGCAGCGUGAAGCACAGAAAAAGAUCCAAUCCCUGUACGAAAGGAGCAGGGAUCCCGAUUUCCGAAACCGUCCCAAGUAUAAAGAGGUCCGCGAACUGAUGGAAUCCCUGGAAGAACUGAAUAGUCGGCCCACCGGCGCCAUUGACCUGGAGCGAGAGCAGAAACGCCAUGAGGACUGGAUGAGGAAGGGCAAGAAAUUGUUUGGAAAGGCUAACGCCCCACUGCACAUCUUGAAAUCCCACAUGGAGUACGUUGAGAAGCGAAAUUCCUACUGUUUUGAUCUGGAAGAUCGAUGUCGGCCUCCCGUGGAACCCGCGUCUCGCGAUAACAGCCCGGAUGGUCUGUUGGAGAACAACCCGACUCCCAGCAUGUGGGGCGGUGGGAAAUCACGGAAGCGGGAUGUCUUCUGCAUUUGCCGACAUUCCGAGGCGGGCAUGAUGAUCGAGUGUGAGAUAUGCCAUGAAUGGUACCACGGCAAAUGCCUCAAGAUUGCCCGAGGCAAAGUCAAGGAAUUCGACAAGUACACUUGUCCUAUCUGUGAUUGGCGCCAGAAGAUCCCUCGAGAUGCUGCUCGCCCAAAGCUGGAAGACCUCCAGGAAUGGCAGGCAGAAAUGGCCGGCCUACCAUUUCAGCCCGAUGAAGAAGAGAUCUUGGAAAACAUCCUCAACCAAGCGACUACUUUUCGUGAUUUCCUACAAAGUUUCACCAACGCUGCCUGUACCACCACCGAAGAAGUUCCGACCUUGAUAUUUUAUCUGCGGAAGAUCGAAGGCGCCGAGGUUCUGUUGGCGUAUGAGACGAAUUUCUUCCGACAAGAGAUCCAUAAAUGGGCUCCCGUGGCCCCUGAGCCUCCGCCGAUCCUGGAGCAGUCGCUUUCCACUCGUAAGCCGCGUCCAACCAAGCAACAGAAGAUCAUGGCGCAAUUGGGAGUCGAGCGCCCAGAAGACCUUCCACCUCAUCUGCGUACGAAACAGCCUCAUCCCACCAAGCGCAAGUCUAGUGAAUCACAAUCGGGCAGGCCCUCAUUUCUUCAGCCUCAAACUCCUGGCGAAGGUCCUAACCCGGAACCAGGUCACUCUGGACCUACUUUAACCACGAUGGCCGAGACACAAACCUCUCCCUACCCUUUCUCUGCAAACUACUCCCUCCCUGGAGGCGAUUCUACCCCCGCAUUCGCUCCAGAUUCCUCGGCAUUUCUGCCCCAUGCUGCGGUGCAUUCUCCCUCAUUCCCCGCUCGUUCUCCCUCGCCACAUCACCGGGUGCUGGAUACGUCCCUCUUCAGUUCUCCCCAAUUCAACCGGGAUCAAAAUGACCAGACUCCCGGGGUGAACGUCGAUAACCAAGACCCGUUCGACAGCAGCCCGAGACAAAACUUUGACGAUGUGUUUGCGGACUUGACGAAUGCUGACCCGGAUCCGGAGGUGGAACCAGAAACCGAGCAAGAAAUCGAGCCUAUGGAGAACACGCAUGCUAAUGAGGCGCUAGAGGUUCUCGACGCGAGCAAUGAGGGCCAUACGGAAUCCAUGGAUGACGAACCACAGGAUGACAAACCUGCCAAAGCUUCGACUGAAUCAGAGGUUGCUCCCAGUGCAGAAGAGGUUUGA